GGAAAGGGAAUGUGGCAUGCCGAUUUUAUAGGAAGAAUUAAAUGUUAUGAACAGCACGGAAAUAGAAAGGGGGGGAAAAGAAAAGCAGAGAGAGAGAGAGAGAGUAAAAAGUAAGAGAAGUAUACGACUGUCAGUUUCCAGAAGAACUGCGCGUUAGAGAUGUGAAGAGUCUGGUUUCUAAAAAAGAGUUUGAGAAAGCAAGAGACAGAGGAAGCGGGCGAAAAAGAAAAACAGUGACUUAAGACUGUCAGGAACAAAAAGAACAGUCAUCCCAAGCAAAGACCUCUAAUGCCAUCAAGAUGACAACACGCUCUCCACGUUUCAAGCUCCACGCGUCUCUGUUUUCUUCUCCUCCUCCUUGUUUCUCCCAGGGAGAAAAAGCUCUAGCAGGAACUGACCACGAUCAGUAAUCGUUCCAGACGUCUAGGGAGAGAUUGGUCGAAAAACAAAUGGCUUCCUCCUCCCUCUUCUGGAGUUCUUGCAUCAUCCUCAACCGCUUCAUUGAAGGAAAAAUGCAAAUUGGUUGCAGAACCAAUUAGAGACGCUUAUUGCUAAGGAGCGCAUGCCGGUCUGACAGCUGAACUGUUGAUCUAUCAACAGUGUAGAGACUUCAGAAAUGGAUUUAUUUAGUUAUUUCUCACCUUGGAGAAUUAUUUGUUUUUUCAGCAUUUCUCUUUAGACCUUUUCAAUGCAGCAAUUGUGUUUGAUUGUAACAUCACAUGGGACCAUAGAAAAGUUGUUGACCCCUGGAGACACAUGACCUUGACGUCCUGGCUGGCUGGAGAACAGAGCUAGCUGUGUCAGAGGGUGAGCUCACCACACGGCAGGGAGAGUGGGUAACUGGCCGCUCCAUCGCCGCAGACGGACAGUACCAAGACCGAGUGACACACUCACAAGGCCAGAAGAAGAGGAGAAAGAGAAAAGCAUCCAGGUAUUAAUGUUUAGACUGAACGUUUGCUUACGAAUCUCUUUUAAACUUCUGCUGCACUGGCUUUCUGUCACGCUUUCGUUGUUUAUAUUCAAAUUACGCUUCAUACUGAGACUCAGACAUUACCAAACAAGCACAAAGUAAGUCCAGGAUGUCAGUGACGUGAGCAACCAAGGAUUAUCUUUCUUUACGACAAGAUAAGUGUCUUUAUCGAAAACGAAUAAUCCGCAAAAGCGCCUGCCAAAGGAAAUUUGGACCUCGCGACCAGAUGUUCAACAGAGGGAGUAACUUCUGGCCAGAUGUGAGAGGAAUGUCCUGGUUAGGACCUUCUCUGAACGCUCGCCACUAACCGCUGACUUCACAUAGAUGUCAAGAAGAUCUAUCAGGCUUAAGGGACUACAAGAGCUCCUGCCAUUUCACCACUCUGUGUGGUUUCCCCCAACGGUCUUUUAUUACUGCACUUCUUUCCAUCUUGAGACUUUCCUUCUGGUCUAAUUUUAAAGAGAAGUCGGUCCUUGGUGGCUAAUCACUGAAGAAUGACUUGUGCAAAAUGUAGAGAAGUCUUACUGUACUUUUGAGUGGGUGGAAGGUCUGGUGAAAUGCUUGGCUGACUCAACGGUUGACGCGAGGAAAGACCUGUAUCUGGUUUUGUGCUUUCUGUGGGCUGUAAUAAUAAGGCUCUAUGGGCUAGCAGAGGCUUCUGGCCAUGCCUGUUGCCGUUCGUAAAAGAAGCUGGGAGGAUCAUGUGACCCCACGGACAGGAUUACAGUACAGCUAUGAUGACCUAGACUUGGUCUGCUGCCAUGUGCGGUACCAGCGCGGUAGAUGUGCCUCGAUGCCUGAGUGUGGUCAUCACAAGGCUUGGACUUUAUCCUGCCCUCAGGAGGAUGGUACAAAACCGAUGGAGAGGAUAGUGCAGAAGUUUAAGGGUGAAUCUCAACUUAACUGUGAAGGUGCAAAGAGCCAGUCGUUGACAGCACAGAACAAGAUCGACCAAGAUAGCAGGCUACCUUCAGACAACGUGUCAGAUCAAGAUGAAUUGCAAUGUUCUGCUUCAGGAAAUUCGCAACCUCACAAUGGAGAUCCAGAUAGUAAGGAACUAAACAAUGAUAAAGUAUCUACUUCCCAUAGCCUGACACAACAUGUGCUUCCUACCCCAGAAUUAGAUCAAAUAGAGGAAACGGAUGAUUUAUCAAAUGUUUUGAAGGACAAUAACUCUGUCAAAGUUGACUGUUCUGAACCAACUUAUUCCAAAAGUGGAACUUCCAUAGAAAAUACAGAAUCCAUGGUGGACAGUCAGAUGUUAGUACAUGAGCAUAUGAGUGUCACAAGCAAGAUCACAGACGUAACUAAUAAACCUCCCACCUCUGAUUCACAGCAGAAAUCUGCUGACCCACACGAUGUUGUGGAAGGACAAUGUGGGGAAAUGUUGAUUUUAACAUGUGGCAAAGUCGAAUGCUCAUACACAGAUGAAACUGUGAUCCCGAUCUUACCGACUUCUCAAGAAAUUCACGUUGCAGAAGCUAGCUCAGAUGGAAAUAAAGCAAGUCUAAUGUCUAAACAUCACAUAGCAUCUCAAGAUGGCAUUUUUAUAUACUCCGAUCAUGAGCUGUUAAAAGUGGGAAGCCUUAAACCACCUGCUUGUGAGACUUCUUAUCAGGAGCCAUCUGGAAAAAUUGACAUCAUGGAAACAUGGCAUGAUUGCUCCUCAAAACUACAAACCAUCCAUGAGGGGUCCUUUCCUGAAUCUGAAAAUGAUGCUUCCAGUGAGAUAUCAGCAGAGGCGACAGAACAUCUAAUAAGUACAGACUGUGAGAAUUCGACAAGUUCAGAGGAUCAAAACACGAGGCUAAACGAGCCAACUAGAGGAGAACCUCUACCUGAAGCACUCUAUGAUGAGCAUCAGGCAUAUAUAGCCAAAGACGCUGAGAGUGUUUCAAGAGCCGAAGGUUCUCUUGUCAAGCUUCGUACAAGGAAGAGCUCACGAGAGGAGAGGGAAAAGGAAAGGUCACGCUUGGACUCCAUGGUUCUGUUAAUAAUGAAGUUGGAUCAGCUGGACAAAGAGAUUGAGAAUGCUCUAAGCUCCUCCCUCAAUGGCACUCCCAAUUUAAAGAGGCGGAUCGUCUCUGAAGUUGAUUUAGACAUGCUGGAUUCAGCAGGGAGUCUUUCAGCCUCUUCCCAGUCUCUAAACACCCCACUGUAUCGCUCUUCAUCAUCACUGUCAUCAUCAGGACCCUCUGGAACUCCUGGGGCUAGACCAAAAAAUGAGACCUCUGCUGUAUUUUCUGAGAAAGACAGAGCAGAAAUUGAGGCGAAGGAGGCGUGUACAUGGCUGAGGGCUGCAGGUUUUCCACAGUACGCUCAGCUUUACGAAGACGGUCAGUUCCCGAUUGAGAUUUCUUCAGUUACCAGAGAUCAUGACUUCUUGGAUCAAGAUGCCAUUGAGGCCCUGUGCAGGAGACUGAACACCCUAAACAAGUGCGCUCUUAUGAGAUUAGAGAUCACCCCUCAAAGAAAAAGAAGUGAGGACUCUGAUGAGGACGAGCCAUGUGCUAUAAGUGGCCGUUGGACUUUCCAACGGGACAGCAAGCGUUGGUCUCGCCUGGACCAGCUGGACCUGGAUGUGUUCUCCCCUCCAGCUGGAGACACUGGCUCCUUCACGCCCUUUCUUUCCCAAGAUGAUCGAUUUGCCAGAGGACCCCUUCUAAAGGAGGGAGUUAAUGCUAGUUCAGAGAGCGUCUUAACUGAUCUUAGUGAGCAGCCAGAGGUGGGCUCUCUGCACAGUGCUGGUAGUGGAGGUCGAGGAGGAUCCCUGAGUACCACUGUACCGUCCAGCCCUGCUACAACCAUCUCCAAUGCUAACACAGCCACCACAACCAGGGCAAGCUCAGUUGCUAGUGUUUGCUCCUCUGGAACGUCAGGUGCCAAUGAAGACUCCCUGUCUGAUGGGGUUCCAUCACCGCUUGAACGCGGCACCUUUGCAUUCGAUGUAAAACCAAGCUUGAUAAGCAGCGGUGCUGAAAAAAGCACACGUUCAAGAGCAAAAAGUUUUUUGAAGCGCAUGGAAAGCUUGCGGUUACGCACCACCAGCAAUGCAUCCUCCAAGCGCAAAAAGAAGGGUGUAGCUGGGCAAGGUAGGCUGGAGAUCAGCGGGCCUGUACUGAAAGAGGGUCUUGAUGAAGACAAACUGCGACGCCUCAAUUGUGUGGACAUUGCAACUCUGGAUCGGAAUGCGAACCGAACCCGAAACAUCACCUAUUCCACGCAGACAAGCAGUGGGAGUGCAGGGAGUAGCCAAUCAGAGGCCAGCAGUGGGAGUGCUGUAAGUACGCCCAGUCCAGUCUCAAGAGCACGUAGUCACAGCACAGCAGCGGGGUCCACCAAGAGAGGUGGGAUGUACCUGGAAGGCUUUGACCCAUUUAAUUUUGUUGUGCUGCAACCUUCGGAAGACCAAGAAGGGAAGCAGAAUCACCAGGCCCAAAGUAAGAGGACAGAGCCAAGCUCAACAGUAGAGAACAAUCGGCGCAACCGUCAAAGUUCAGAUAACAGACGUAUGGAGGAAGAAGAGAGUCGAGAAGAGGAAGGAGGUGUGAUCUUCUUCUACUUGCCUGAGGGCCACAAGCCUGGCACUUUUCCUAAAGCACUUGCGGACGGGGGAUCCUAUCGUGGUGGGGACAACACAAGCCGGCGCCCACCCCGGAGGGGCUCCGCCGCCUCACUAGACAGUCGGUUGAGUGUCUACGAUAACGUUCCUUUCUCAGAAGUUGGAGAUGAUGAGGACGAAGCAGAAGGAGAGGAGGAGUCAAAACUUGAGGAUGUGUUGGAGCGAGUCAGUGGCCUGCAGAGACUUGUCAAUGCCUGGUCAGAAACAGGAACUGGGGAAGAAGAAGAGGAUGAAGAAGAAGAGGAAGGAGAUUCAGAUUCAGCCCUUGAUUCUGCAUCUCCUUGUCCAUCAUCCCCACUGCAGAACCGCUUAGAAGAGACAGAGAACGGCAGUGACCAGGACAGCACUGGAAACCCGCUAGCAGAAAGAGACGAGACACUCAGCUCACGUGAAAGAUGCGACUCUGGUGUGGGAGCAUCACUUACACGAGCCAACAGACCUCAGAAACUGCGCUGGCCAAGUUUCCAGAGCUCACACCGACCAAGUCUGUCGUCAACAGUGCUACAAGUUGGAUGUCAGUCAGUUUUGCAGAUGAACCUCCUUCAGAAAUACAGCCUGCUCAAACUUACCGCUCUCCUGGAGAGAUACACACCCACCAACAAGCAUGGCUUCAGCUGGGCUGUUCCUAAGUUUAUGAAGCGGAUCAAGGUUCGUGACUAUAAGGACAGGAGUGUAUUUGGCGUUCCACUGCAGGUGAUAGUUCAAAGAAGCGGACAACCCCUGCCUCAGAGUAUUCAGCAAGCCAUGCGUUACCUACGGAGCCAAUGCCUCGACCAGGUUGGGCUGUUUAGGAAAUCAGGGGUGAAGUCACGUAUCCAAGCCCUUCGCCACAUGAACGAGUCAUGCGGCGCUGGUGGGGGCGGAGUCAACUACGAGGGCCAAUCAGCUUAUGACGUGGCCGACAUGCUAAAGCAGUAUUUCCGAGACCUUCCCGAGCCUCUGCUUACCAGCAAACUGUCUGAUACCUUUCUGCAGAUCUAUCAAUAUGUUCCCAAAGAGCAGCGUCUGCAGGCGGUGCGGGCCGCCGUAUUGCUAUUACCGGAUGAGAACCGUGAAGCCCUGCAGACUUUGCUGUGCUUCCUGAGUGAUGUAACGGCCAGCGUGGGUGAGAACCAGAUGACCUGCACUAACCUGGCUGUCUGUUUGGCCCCCUCUCUCUUCCACCUCAACACACUGCGAAGAGAGAGCUCCUCACCCAGGGUCAUGAACAGAAAGAACACUCUGGGAAAACCAGACCAAAGAGACUUGAAUGAAAACCUGGCCGCCACACAUGGCCUGGCGCAUAUGAUACAGGAGUGCAGAAAACUCUUCCUGAUCCCAGAAGAGAUGUCACGCUGUAGGAACUCUUACGUGGAGCAGGGCUUGAGUCCUAUGCGGAUGGAGGUGUUGGUGGAGGACUGCGGUUCUUGUAGCUACCAAAGUCUCCUCAAAGACAGCACUGACGCCCUGCUUAAAGAAGCCAAGGACAAAUUCAAGGGUUACGACAGCUGCUCGACUCCUGAAAAUGCUGAGCUCGCUUAUAAGAAGGUUCAGGAUGGGUCAUCUCUGCGGCAGUGGAAAGUGUGCGUUGAUGUGCCUGCGUCGGCUGAGGAUGUAUUGCAGCGGAUUCUGCGGGAGCAGGAACGCUGGGAUGAGGACCUGCUAGAGUGCAGAAUCGUGGAGACACUGGAACAUAACAUGGAAGUCUAUCAGUACAUCAGGAACUCAAUGGCGCCCCAUCCGCCAAGAGACCAUGUGGUGCUCAGGUCGUGGGUGACAGAUUUGCCCAAGGGAGUGUGUGCUUUGGUGUGUGUGUCGGUAGAUCACGAGAGUGCUGCCGUCCUGGGAGUUCGUGCUAAUGUUCUGACCUCUCGCUACUACAUUGAACCCUGCGGACCCAACAAGAGCCGGCUUACGCACAUUUCAAGAAUAGACUGCAGGGGUCGUUGCCCUGAAUGGUACAAUAAGCUGUAUGGCCACCUGUGUGCUGCAGAGGUGGUGCGGAUACGAGACUCCUUUACCUGCCUGGAUAAAUAAACACACACUUAUACACACACACGCUUGGCGUGUGCUUUGACGUUUAAUUUCACCUCUCAACAAACUCUUACGUUAGAGAGGAAGAUGGUGGUGAUUUUAAACUCCCUUAACAUACGAUCUGAGCCCUUACAUGAUACGGACGGACCAGUGUGCCGAAGCUACACAGGUCAAAGCUCUUGCCAUUUUGAUGGCCAUCAAAUGACGAGCCUGAAAGACUGGAAAUGGGUGUUCCUGCUGCUAUGACAUCAUCAUCACUGACAUCACAACAUUUGACCUUGUUACUGAUCAUGUCAUAGGGUGACUACAUGAAACGGGAGGUGCUUUUGCUUCUGAGAAGCAAGUAUGUAUGAGUAUUUCUGAAUGUCUGUGGAAGUGAGCCUAUGUAUAGUGUGUAUGCGUGUGUGUAUUAUUGACAAAUGAGACAUAUUCCAUGCACUGGCACCCGCUGCAAUAUAGUGUUUAUACCUAUUUCUGUGUGUUACUGUUACAUAGUUACGCAAAGCUGUGUACAGUGCUUUCGUUAUAUUUAAGAGAACAGACUGAUGGAUGAAUGGAUGGAUGAUCUAUAGACAAGACAGAAGGUGGUGGCUGGCACACCUUUGAAAGGAAGAUGGGAAACGUGGGAGAGAGGGAAAAGACUAGUGCAUGUAGACACUUCAACAGCACAGAGGGUUCCAGCAGCACCAAAACCAAAGCUGAGACCAAUACAAUGUGGACCAAUUAUACAUAGCAAAGUAAUCCCAGGAUUCAACACAGGACUCCAAAGAACAACAUAAUACAGCUUACUCACCCCGAGGCCUGCGAUUGGUCGAGAUCAGAGCGGAAAUCCAAUAAAAUUCAUUUGAGCUCAAUGGUCUCGGCCAUUUAACAUCUUGAGCCCUGGGAAAAGAGUGUUAUGAAAUACUGAAAAGGAUAGGAAAAGCUUUUUAUUUUGGGUUGGAGGUUCAGGUUUGAUUACAGUGGCUACCAAGGCAGCAGUUUUAGUUAGAGGGAUGGUAGAGAAUGUAUGAGGGGAAAUGAUAUCCGUUUGUUUGUCAGUGUUAACCAGAAAUGAAGUAAACGUCUAAAAUAGUAACAAAGCUUGCAUUUACACUUAACUAUAGCCAGGCCUGCGGUCACAUCAUCAGAGUGGGAGCGCUGUGAUCACCCGAAGAUUUCUUUCUGACGUGAGUCCAGCACUCCUACUGAGGUGCUUUAUGAUUGUCGGGCCUAGGUUUGAUGUCUCGAUUUAUUGCUACUUACGUGCCUGUCCACGACGGUGUAUCAUAAAUGUGUGUAAAUUAAAUGUAUGCUGCCAAAACCGAGAAUAACGCAUGACAAUGACAGUUAAUUUAAACCUCUCUGUAUUUAUAUCACUCAUAUCGUGUUUUUGUAUGUAUCUUAUUUUAUUGUAAAUGUUACACUCUAAGUUACAGAAAUGAGAAAAUUGUUUAUCUUUUUUAUUAUUAAUGUUAUUUCUGUACAGAUUAAUCGUGGUCAAAAUGCACUAUUAAAUGUAUUAAAACAGCA